AUGCCACGAGGGUCAACAAUAACAACCUGCGUGAGCUGCAAAGCAGCUAUUGGUGUGGCCACCAAGACCUGCAAAUAUUGCCAGUCAGUACAGCCAAGAAAGCAAAGACUGGCAAAAAAACUUCAGAAAUUUGAGGCCAGAAAGGAGACGUGGUUGAAAAACAAAAACAAAAACCAAACCACCUCUCAUGUUAUUGACGAGGCAUCUGUCUUGGUGGAAAAGUUAAACACAUUGGGGUACAAGGCCAUAGUCUUCAUUGCAAAGAAAAUGAAGAAGCAGAAAACCUGGUCCGCACAAGUCCUCCAGCCAAAAUGGCAGCUGUCAGACCAUUCUGAAAAAUGCCUUGACAGGAUGAAGGCUCUCUUUGAACUGUUAAUUAAUGGUUGUACUAACCAGGAGCCCACCACCAGUCCUCCUCCCAUCCAGUCCACCAUCCAGCCCACCACCAGUCCUCCUCCCAUCCAGUCCACCAUCCAGCCCACCACCAGUCCUCUUCUCAUCCAGCCCACCACCAGUCGUCCUCCCAUCCAGCCCACCACCAGUCGUCCUCCCAUCCAGCCCACCAUCCAGCCCACCACCAGUCCUCCUCCCAUCCAGUCCACCACCAGUCCUCCUCCCAUCCAGCCCACCACCAGUCCUCCUCCCAUCCAGCCCACCACCAGUCGUCCUCCCAUCCAGCCCACCAUCCAGCCCACCACCAGUCCUCCUCCCAUCCAGUCCACCACCAGUCGUCCUCCCAUCCAGUCCACCACCAGUCCUCCUCCCAUCCAGCCCACCACCAGUCCUCCUCCCAUCCAGUCCACCACCAGUCCUCCUCCCAUCCAGUCCACCACCAGUCCUCCUCCCAUCCAGUCCACCACCAGUCCUCCUCCCAUCCAGCCCACCACCAGUCCUCCUCCCAUCCAGUCCACCACCAGUCCUCCUCCCAUCCAGUCCACCACCAGUCCUCCUCCCAUCCAGUCCACCACCAGUCCUCCUCCCAUCCAGUCCACCACCAGUCCUCCUCCCAUCCAGUCCACCACCAGUCCUCCUCCCAUCCAGCCCACCACCAGUCCUCCUCCCAUCCAGUCCACCACCAGUCCUCCUCCCAUCCAGUCCACCACCAGUCCUCCUCCCAUCCAGCCCACCACCAGUCGUCCUCCCAUCCAGUCCACCACCAGUCCUCCUCCCAUCCAGCCCACCACCAGUCCUCCUCCCAUCCAGUCCACCACCAGUCCUCCUCCCAUCCAGCCCACCACCAGUCGUCCUCCCAUCCAGCCCACCACCAGUCGUCCUCCCAUCCAGCCCACCACCAGUCCUCCCAUCCUCCCCAUCACUGAACCACCUCAGCAGAAACGCGAAUGUAACCAUGGGAUCCUAGAAGGUGAACCUUACUACCCAGUGAAGAGGGUGAUCCGCUGCAAAAUGCAGAAGGGGAUCCAAAUGAAGUUGGUGGAAUGGGAGCCCUGUUCACUCUGUGGGAAAACUUGGCCGCCACAGUGGGUGACGGAGGAGAACACCACGAAUUAA